AUGAUCAACCACCAGACCAGCUAUCUGGAAGAUGCCGCAGUGAUGGAAUUCGAAGAUCAUGCGAAACGGUUGCUGGAUGACAUCGAGAGAGUAAGGCAAACUCGUGAAUUACGCUGCAGGCCGAUUAUCUUCAUCGCACAUAGCUUUGGCGGCUUGCUGCUAAAACAGGCUUUAGUCUAUGCCAAGGAGCGGAACAGCGAAAUUGCAGUACAAACGAAAGGCAUCUUGUUCUUAGGUGUUCCUCACUUAGGUACUAAAGCUUCGAUGUUGGGGUCUCUCAUUACAUGUACAUCUUAUUGGCGGGGUGCAUCAACAACGCUUUUGGAAUACAUGUCGUUCAAUGGGACUCCGGUGACACAACUUCAAUCACAAUUCGAAGCUGCAUAUGCGAGUGAAAAGCCAUUUUCCCCGUACAUAUGUGACUUACUGGAGACAAAAGCAGAGAAAAUAUUGAACCUACACUUUAGUCUGACAGUUAGUAAAUCAUCGGGAGGUCCUGGGCAUGGAGAGGUAGUGCAACUUGAUACUGACCAUCGUGGUCUUAACAAAUUUACGUCCAUGGAUGAUCCUAAUUUUAGGAAUUUCGUGGACCAUUUACUCAAGUGCUUCGAAUCUGGGAAGGUGGAACAGAUUCCCUACCGCAGGGACAAGAAUUUUGUAGGUCACCAGCGUCUACUAUCCAGUAUAGAAACAAGGAUGGAAACAGAGAGGGUCGUUGCACUUUCUGGGCCUUACGGAGUUGGGAAAACUGCCCUGGCCGUUGAGUAUUCAUAUAGAUUCAUGGAGAAGUAUCCAUGUGCUCACUUCUUCUGGGUCCAUGGACGUACAAUGGAGACGAUUGAGAGAGGGUUCAGGAACAUUGCAAGGACUUUAGAUAUUCCAGGGCAUGAUAGUCCACAUGGAGACAUAUUUAAGGCCGUGAGACAGGGGAUUAGUAGAAGGGCAGUUGGCCCAUGGCUUCUUGUCUUGGAUGGGUUGGAUGAUCGGAGAGUCUGCCUCGGCCUCUCUGGCAAUGGCUCACAUGGUAGUCUUUUGUGGCAAGCUCGGUUAAUUGACUACCUUCCACAAAGCGACGCUGGGCAUAUUAUUCUUACGACUCAGGACAAACGAGUUGGGUACAAGUUCGCAGGUCUCAAGAAUGUCGAGGAGAUUCCUCCGUUGGAAUUUAUCGAUGCACAACAUCUUCUAACCAGCCUACUCCGACAGUCAACCCCUGCAUGUCACGCUGAGGAUACCUCCCAGCUUGUGUUAGCUCUACAGGGUUUGCCGUUGCUUAUUGUUCGGGCUGCUUCAUACAUUACAACUAGAGAGGUGACAAUACGUCAAUAUUUAUGUGUCCUUGAAGAUUAUGCAGCCGCAAAGGACCUGAGCGUGGAGCAUGACCUUGACCCGGACCUUCUUCAGCUCUCUGAAGACGCAGUGAGAAUGCCAUCAAGGAUUUUAUAUGACUCAGUGAAGCAGCAUAGACCAAGGGCAUUGGAGCUCCUUUGUAUAAUUGCUAUGAUGGAUGCAAGAUCGAUCUCGAUUGAGAUACUCCGAACGAAUUAUGAUAGCUCCGUCGCACUUCUUAAUGAUAUAGGUUACCUGAAAGAACUCUCUAUAGUCACGACGACAGACGCUAAUGGUGGCUACAUAAGCCUACACAAGUUUGAGCAUCUAUGGAUUCUCAGAUGGCUGGAACAAGCAGGAGACCUGGAAAGAUGGCAAGAAAAGGCACUAUAUACCCUCCUUGGAUUCUGCUCUUGCAGAAGAGAACGAGAAAGAUGGAGCUGCCUGGAUAGAAUCUACCUACAUGUUCAAAUAGUCGUGAGAUAUGAGUUCACCAAAGGGGGUAGCUUACUGAAAAAGGCUCACCUUCUUCACCUUGCGUCAGAAUAUAAUUUGCAACGAGGCCAGGCGAGAACCGCGGAGACGCAGCUCAGAGAAUCAAUCACAAUCCGAAAAAGACUCGACCCACAAUAUUCCAGCUAUAUGACAGAUUUAGCUGACCUGGCGCGUAUACUACACUUUGAGGGUAAGCUCAUAGAAGCGGAGCCUAUCUUCCGGGAGGUUGUGUCCUUAAACAGCAAGGUAUUCGGCGAUGAGCAUGACGCAACUCUAAAUAGCUUGAUUCUGUUGACUUCGGUGCUUAUCCCCGCGAAGAAGUACCACGAAGCUGAAAGUAUCCUCUCAAAGAUACUCCAGUCGAGGUCAAAAACGAAAGCUAAGCAAUUUCGCGAUUUAGCAGCAAGGCAUAAUCUAGGUUGGAGCGCAUUCUUACAAAAUAAUCCCUCUAAAGCGCAGAGAAUUCUGAAAGAUGUCCUUGAAGAGAAAGAGCGUACUUCAGGUACUGAAGUUAGAAGUAUAGCGGAAACUAUGACCCUCCUGGGCAGCGUCAUGGCCCAAAAGCAACUUUAUGCCGAUGCAGAGGGACUAUUCAAUAAGUCUUGGAAACUAUAUGAGCAAGCCCUUGGAGCCAUACAUCCAGACACCAUUCGGACAAUGGACCUAUUAACCGCCGCGUUAUACAACUUGGGAAAGUUGACCGAGUUGACUUACCUCCUUCCUGAGUUGAUAGAAAGGAAAAAGCAGGUAUUUGGGAUGCUGAAUCGGGACACUCUGGACACCUUGAACACGUUUGAAGUAAUUUUGAUCCAGAUGACGAGAUACAACGAAGCAGAAAAUUCUAUUGCCCAUACUCUACAGCUAAGUGAAGGCUUUCUUGGAAACGAUGACCCUCAAACCAUGAGAAGCAAAAUGAAUUUGGCAGUAGCACGGUGCGGACAAGGGAGAAAGGACGAAGCACUUGCUCUAGUGCGACAGGUUUUUGAAGAUCGGAAGAGAAUCCUUGGCCUCGACGAUCCGCUAACAAUCAAAACCAAAGAAAAAUAUGGAUGGAUGUCUAAGGGCUGCAGCCCCGACAGGCAGGAAUUCUACGUGGAUGUGCGGGACAACAUUGAGACACGUAUCACGAUCACUUUAUGUGGGCCGACAGCAGAGGCUACCACUUGA